AUGAAUGCUGGGACAAACUCUCUUCUUUCUGGCUCAGAGGUUGAUCUGAAUCCUGAUGGUGGUUCUAAUGGGGACACUGGCUCUUUAAAUAAUCAGAGGGAAGUUGAUAGAAACUUAGAUCUGAAACAGGAAAAGGAAGAUGGGAGAGAAGUUUCUCCCAGCAAGACCUUACCCGAUACUUCUGAUCCCAUGGAAAAUAAAAUCGAUGUUCAUAGGACACAGUCUGAUGGCCAUUUAGUAAUGAAAAAUCUUUCAGUCACUUUUAUAUUACAAGCUAGCUUGGAGAGAAGGUUGGGAGAUUACAAGAGCAACUACAAGCUGAGAGAGACCUCAGAUCCGCUCUUGAAGUUGGUCUUAGCAUUUUUUUGUGGAAACUUUAGCUCACAAGCUGCGGAUUCUAAAACGAGGGCUGAGCUUGAGGAGAUAGCUCUCACUGAAGCUCAUGUAGCAAGACUGAAGCAGAAAGUAGCAGAGAUAGUGCAAACAGAGUCAUGUCAAUAA